UCUUCCUUGUUUGCGUCAAUUUGCGUCAUUUUGGUAUUUAAUUUCUGAGUUUUUAAAGAUUUUGUGGGCGACUCCCUUUUAAUAAUAAAGAAUUUUGAUUAAUUUCUUUAUUUAAUUAUUUCGAAAAGUAACAAUAAAUAAUUAAGUCAAAUAUACGUAACAAUGGCGACUCUAAAGUCCGAUUUGGAUGACUAUCUGCUACAAAACGAGAGUCGUAGGAGCUACAAAUUUAGUUUGCCGUCUUUCUCGAGACCUAGUUUCCUAUCUCGAAGCAACGAUGAAAGCCCUACAAGUACUAGUUCUACAAGUACAUGGUUUGAUAAUGUUCAAAAGGAAUAUUUUACUUUGAGUCGUACACAAAGAUUUAUGGGUUUUGGAAUUUGUAUGUGCUUUGGAUUACUGUGUUUCAUACUGUCCUUUCUAUACAUUCCUAUAUUGUUGUUACAAGCCAGAAAGUUUGCUUUGUUAUUUACAUUGGGAAGUUUGUUCUUCAUUUUCAGUUUCAGUUUUCUCUAUGGACCGUGGUCACAUUUCAAGUCAUUAUUCUCAAAGGAAAGAGCACUAACAACAUUGUUGUACGGUUCUACACUAAUCGCAACACUGUACUGCGCACUGCACCUACAGAGUACUCCAUUGACGAUUAUAUGUGCGGUAGCUCAGGUCCUCGCUUUACUCUGGAUGAUGGUGGGCUAUGUUCCUGGUGGCUCCUCCGGAAUGAGGUUCUUUGGCAGCAUGUUCAAAUCAUCAGUAUCAAAUACGCUACCAAUAUAACGAACAGUUAAACCUAGUGCUGUGUUACGGACUUUGUGCUUAAAUGUGGAGUAACUUGAGUUGUGCUUAUAAUUGACUUAAUGAAACUGACAAAGACUGACAGUGAAAAUUUACGAGUUUUUGUAUGGAUUUUUCUCGGCAUUUAUAACCGAAAUGGACAGAGAAUUUGGUUUUAGGUAUACUGGUUCACAUGUUAAGAGAGUGCACGCCUUUGACUAAACUUUUGCACAACUGUUUAGUCUCUCUUUGAUUUUUAGUUGUGCAACUAAACAGUUGAAUUUGCUGCAAAACAAUUGACAACCACACAACAGUUGUGCAAUAGCUUCAUCAAAGGUGUGCACCCGCUCUAAGGAAGAUAAGUUUGUCAGCUAUUAGAUGAAAAAAACAUAAUUUUUAAAUCACUAGUGUUAUUUAAAUUUUGUAUGCAUUGUCUAUAGCAUCUGUAUUAGGGCUGAAAUACAUAUGUCAGUAGCUGGCAUACUUGCAGGCUAUGCUAGUUAAAGGAGAUAAGAGAGGAUACUCUACUUGGCACUCUUCACAUCGUUUAGUUAACAUUUUAUCGGCAUCUGUAUUCCUUCCUUUAUGACAACAUAUCUGGAAAAGAAAUUCUGCUUAUUGUCUUUUCCUCCUUUUCCAUCAGAUUUUCUUUUUUCAUUCACACUUUUGACCAAUCGAUUUUGUAUUUUAAUUAAAUUUAUAGAUAACAUAAAUUACUUUCUUGUUCGACAUGAACAAAAAUUAAUCAUAAAAAAUUUUAUUGUAAACAGAAAAUAAUCACUG